AUGAAUGGGGCUCUGGUGAAAGAAGAAAAAAUGGAUUGUGCCGAUCUUCAAACACCGAUGACUCGAAAGAUGAGCCAUGAAUGGAGCCGUGCCGAGACGUCCUCUGCUGCGUUCGAACGAGUCACCGAAGAGAUGAGAAUGUUAUUGACGAGACAUCGCAAGAUAGACAAAUUGAUCGCCGAGACGGAUACAGCGAUCAGCAAAGUCGAAGCGAACAUCGAAUGGAGAAAACGACAAGAAAAAGUUGAAGCAGCCAAGCCAAAGAUUGUCUACGAAACGAAAUUCCCCGUCCGAUACUUCAUUCCUCCAUUUUUUCGGGGACCUGCUGGAAAUUCAUGGCAGUUGACGGAAAAAGGAGUGGAAAAAAUCACCAAUCGUCUGCACCACAACUUGAACAUGAUAAACAAGCGAUGGACGAAAGGCGAAAUAGCCAAACUCUCGGAUGCUAUUGGUAAAGAAGUGGUACGUGUGAUGAUGAUUGAUGAUAGACGUCAAAAAGAAGCACUUCAAGCAAAGAUCGACGCCGCGGGACAGGAUACUACAAUUGCGGACAUAUUGAUGUGGAAGCACGAAAUUGAAGGGAUCAACCGACGGGCUGAAUAUUUAAAGAAACAAUGGGGCGAAUACAUGGAAAACGAUCCGAAACUUUACGAGAUGAUUGAUUGGGAAAAGAUUGCAACGGUUGAUUUCGAGGAUAAAAGAAAUCCCGAAGAAUGUCGAUACAGUUGGGAAAAUCAGCUGGCACGGUGGAUCAACACAACGCCUUGGCAAAAAGAUGAACUUCUUCGCCUGCAUGCAAUUAUUUAUCCGCUUGGUGAUGUAAUCGAUUGGGCAUACGUCACCGAACAAUUGGGAAAGAAAAGAAGUGCAUUUGGAGUGUUCAAGGAAUUCAGAAAUCAAAUCUACAAAUGGAAGAUGCAAACGGAAUGGACAACAGUGGAGGAUAAGCACCUUCUUUUGGGUGUCGACACCACUGCAAAAAUGAAAAGAGGAAAUCUCCAAGUAUCGCUACAUGACAGACGAUACGUACAACUUGAAGAGAGCAUUUGGCAAACGGUCGCCGAGUUUGUGCCAGGGAGAAGGGCUUUCGAGUGUCGCGAAAGAUUUCAAAACGUUUUGUCCGCAGACCGGCAGGUCACUUACUGGACAUCACGUGAUGAUUAUCAUCUGCUUCGAGCUGUUUAUCAAUAUGGCACAAUGCGUUGGAAUAUGAUGGUCAAAGAAUGCCAGGGAAGAAAUGAGCAACAAUGCAAGAGUAGAUGGAAUAAUGUUCUCCGACCUUUAAAAACUGUGACGAACAAUUGGACAAGAGCCCAAGAUGAGCAGAUCUUGAUCGAAUUUGGCAAAACUCCCGAAGAUAAACUGGAUAUCCCAAAAAAGACGACGGAGUCGAUUUCUCAACGGUUCUUGCAAUUGGCGAUUUUGGAGCAAUCGUUCGUCGAGCUUUAUGUGAAAUACGCCGAUCCGGAGAAGAUCGAUCGGGAAGCUCAUCUGGGAGAAAUCUACGAAUUGCAACAACAAUUGGAACUGGAUCGAGCAAUUGCUGAAAGAUCUAACUUUGAAAUUAUUGUCGAAACCCCCGAAAAGCGGAUCAAGGGAAUUUCGAAGACCACGCUUCGAGGACGCAAAGACACUCCGGUUAAAGAACAACAGGUUCAUAAACCGACAAAUAAACACUUGAAAUUUGCUGCCGAUUUUAGCGAUUUU